UGGCGGGCCUCGCCCCCGCGACGCAGGCACCCCAGCGGCAGCGCCCUCGGCUCCGCGCCGCCCACGGCCCGGCCCCGGCGCCUGGAGGACUCUCAUGCGCCGGGCGCGGCGGCGCCUCUCCGCAGCCAAGCCUCUCCCAGCCGCCUCGUCUCACUCCCUAGACUGAGAGCGUUGCUGCACUCGGGGCCGGCGAUGCGGGGCUCCGGCGCGGCCGUGUCACGUUCGUCCCCGGGCCUGUGCGCCCUGCUGCUGGCGCUGCUGGGCGCUCUGCCCGCGGGCGCCGGGGCGCAGCCCUACCACGGCGAGAAGGGCAUCUCGGUGCCGGACCACGGCUUCUGCCAGCCCAUCUCCAUCCCGCUGUGCACGGACAUCGCCUACAACCAGACCAUCAUGCCCAACCUGCUGGGCCACACGAACCAGGAGGACGCGGGCCUCGAGGUGCACCAGUUCUACCCGCUGGUGAAGGUGCAGUGCUCGCCUGAGCUGCGCUUCUUUCUGUGUUCCAUGUACGCUCCCGUGUGCACCGUGCUCGACCAGGCCAUCCCGCCGUGCCGCUCUCUGUGCGAGCGUGCUCGCCAGGGCUGCGAGGCGCUCAUGAACAAGUUCGGCUUCCAGUGGCCCGAGCGGCUGCGCUGCGAGAACUUCCCGGUGCACGGCGCCGGCGAGAUCUGCGUGGGCCAGAACACGUCCGACGGCUCCGGGGGCCCGGGCGGCGGCCCCACCGCCUAUCCUACCGCACCCUACCUGCCGGACCUGCCCUUCACCGCGCUGCCCCCAGGGGCUGCGGACGGCAGGGGCCGCUCCUCCUUUCCUUUCUCGUGUCCCCGCCAGCUCAAAGUGCCGCCCUACCUGGGCUACCGCUUCCUGGGUGAGCGCGAUUGUGGCGCCCCGUGCGAGCCGGGCCGUGCCAAUGGCCUCAUGUACUUCAAGGAGGAGGAGAGGCGCUUCGCCCGCCUCUGGGUGGGUGUGUGGUCCGUUCUAUGCUGCGCCUCAACGCUCUUCACCGUGCUCACCUACCUAGUGGACAUGCGACGCUUCAGCUACCCAGAGCGGCCCAUUAUCUUCCUGUCGGGCUGCUACUUCAUGGUGGCCGUGGCGCACGUGGCGGGCUUCUUGCUGGAGGACCGCGCCGUGUGCGUGGAGCGCUUCUCGGAGGAUGGCUACCGCACGGUGGCGCAGGGCACCAAGAAGGAGGGCUGCACCAUCCUCUUCAUGAUGCUCUACUUCUUCGGCAUGGCCAGCUCCAUCUGGUGGGUCAUCCUGUCCCUCACCUGGUUCCUGGCGGCCGGCAUGAAGUGGGGCCACGAGGCCAUCGAGGCCAACUCCCAGUACUUCCACCUGGCCGCCUGGGCCGUGCCCGCCAUCAAGACCAUCACCAUCCUGGCCAUGGGACAGGUGGACGGGGACCUGCUCAGCGGGGUGUGUUACGUGGGCCUGUCGAGCGUGGACGCACUGCGGGGCUUUGUGCUGGCGCCGCUCUUUGUCUACCUGUUCAUUGGCACGUCCUUCCUGCUGGCGGGCUUCGUGUCGCUCUUCCGCAUCCGCACCAUCAUGAAGCACGACGGCACCAAGACCGAGAAGCUGGAGAAGCUCAUGGUGCGCAUCGGCGUGUUCAGCGUGCUCUACACCGUGCCCGCCACCAUCGUCAUCGCCUGCUACUUCUACGAGCAGGCCUUCCGCGAGCACUGGGAGCGCACCUGGCUCCUGCAGACGUGCAAGAGCUACGCCGUGCCCUGCCCGCCCGGCCACUUCCCGCCCAUGAGCCCCGACUUCACGGUCUUCAUGAUCAAGUACCUGAUGACCAUGAUCGUAGGCAUCACCACCGGCUUCUGGAUCUGGUCGGGCAAAACCCUGCAGUCGUGGCGCCGCUUCUACCACAGACUCAGCCACAGCAGCAAGGGGGAGACUGCGGUAUGAGCCCCGGCCCCUCCCCCGCCCGCCUCCCCCGGAGGGGGAGGGAGACUGCUGCUGGGGGCUUGUUUGGGUCACCCCUCGCCCCUAAACCCCCAGCCCAGAGAAGUGACCUGGGUGGGAGUUAUUUACAGAUUUGGGGGAGGGAGUUUGGAGGGGUUGGGGUAGGAGUAGGAGUUGGAAGGGAGACCUAGGUGGAAAGUGGUUUGGACAAAAAAAAAAAAAACACUUGUGGCCAAGACUGAGGAAGACGAUGAUGAUGGCGAUGAGGCCUCUGAUGCUGUGAAUGGUGAACGGUAUGGCCGGCCUGGGCCUCAGCAGACUGACACUAGUAGAGACUUGUGGGGUUCCCGGCUGCGGGCCCAGCGGGGCCCAGGGCUGUCCCCCGCUGCAAGGCAAGUGGCCUGUCCUCACUGCGGUGAGGCCUGGGGGAGAGGCGCAGCCCCCGCCCUGGCCGGCUGCUUUGUUGAGAAGAGGGAGGGCCUCCUGCAGCGUUCUUGUCAGGCGGUGGUCAAACCAUAAUCUCUUUUCACUGGGGCCAAACUGGAGCCCAGAUGGGUUAAUUUCCAGGGUCAGGCAUUACCCUCUGUCCCUCCCCGCCCCCUCCCGCCUGUCUGUGCUCCCCGACUCCUUUCAAGUCUUGUAAACCGAGAAUGUGGAAGUACUGGGAGGCCUGCCUGGCGGAAUCCUAAUGUGAAGAUGCGAAGGAAAUGACAAGAAGGUCUCAGGACGAGCCCGGGGUAACGGAGUGCUUGGGGACAUUCUGCUACUUUGUCAUCUUUUGGGGAAAGGCAGGAGACUGAAAAGAGGGUGUUUUAUUUCCUUUAGGACCCUGAAAAGAUGUGGUGACUUGUUGCUUUUCAAAACAGGAAUGCAUUUCUCCCCCCAACCCCCACUCCUGUCUUUGUUGUAAGAGACAAAAGAGGAAACCAAAGUGUCUCCCUGUGGAAAGGCGUAACUGUGAAGACCGCAACUUUUACAGGCAAAGCAGCGCAAACCUGAGGUUUCCCUUUGGUUGUUAAUUUGGUUGAGAUAAACAUUCCUUUUUAAGGAAAAGUGAAGGACGGUGUGCGUCCACACCCGGUUCAGCCAGAGGUUCUGACUUGGCUGAAGGAAACCUAAGGACGUUUUAUUGUUUGUUUUAAGUCAGUUUAAUUCAGAACACAUGAUCCAACAAGCUCUGCUCACAUGUUCAGGGAAAUCUGCCCCUUCGUUUCUUCCUGCUAUAAGCCUACGUGUAGGUUUUCCAAUUCCCCCCCCCCUUUCUGAUUUGGAUCCUUCAAGAUAAAAGGAAAAGCAUCAUGCCCUUCAGCAUCAUAAUCAAAGAAAAGAUUUUCUUAAAAAAAAAAAAAGAAAAAAAGCUAGGGAAUCAGUUUAUCUAUUUUAUCCUGGUUUCAUAAAUCUGUUUAUAGAACAUUGAGUGUGUGUGAGAGUGUGUGUGUGUGUGUGUGUGGACCCCGCCUGCCUCUGCAGUUGGAUGGAUGUAACUGCUGCAGAAAUGCUGGCAAACAGAGACGAAAGUUUGAACCCGGGACCCGUUUUUUAUAAAAAGUCAUUAGAAGAAGGUAAACUUCAAAGUGAUCCUAGAGUUCUUUGAAAUGUGCUGGGAGACUUAAAAUUUAUUCAUCUUAAAUCAUGUACUUUCUUUCUUGGUAGUAGAACUCAGAUUCUUUUGCAUAAUGGUGUCAAUCUGAGCAGAGAAUCAUGGGAGUUAACCUUCCCCCCCACCUUUGACACUACCCUCCAAUCUUGCAGGGCUAUCCUGUUUCUUAAAUGCCAAAUCAGAGGGUACUGCCUACGGAACAAGUUACUUGCGGUACGGAGCGCUCAGUUGAGUGGAGCUGCUUCCAUAUUCAGCAGAGAAAAUGGUCUUGUGUUUCAAAGAUUUUCAUAACUGUCUCGUGUCAGAAUUUUUAAACUCCCACUACACCAGUUUUUAUCAGCUUUUGCGUUAUAUCUCUUAAGGUGCAUGUGAAAUUUGUAAAAUAGAGACAAGUGCAGUAUGUAUAUUUUGUAAAUCUCCCAUUUUUGUAAGAAGAUAUAUAUUGUAUUUAUACGUUUUUACUUUGGAGUUUUGUUUUGCCUUUGAAAGUCUACAAUGAAGCCCCACUUUAUCACGUGUACAGAUCACAAAUAAAAAAUUUUUUAAA